AUGCCCAUGAGCACAAAGUUUCGAAGUUCCGACAGUCACACUGAUGGAGCUCUUGUCCGUGACAAUUGUGACUCAAGCUCGCCGUCGUGCGCCCGCACGCCCGCGCGAGCGCGCGCGAGAGCUGGUCACAACGCCGACGCAGAGAAGCGCGCCGUGCCCAUGGCGUUCCCCGGGCGACCUCGGCGGCUCACCUUGCUGGCCGCGGCGCUGCUCCUCUGCCCGCCCGCGCGCGCGCGCGCCGCGCAGGGAGGGCGCGGGAGCGCCCUGGUGCGCAGGGAGGUGCUCGCCGUGGACUCGCGGGGCCAGCUGUCCGGCGGCGCCGCACAGGGCGGGACGACCGCGGGCUUGGAGGAGAAGCAGGCCGAACCGGACAGGCGGGCGGCCUACCGCGAGCGCUUCGUCGAGAUCGGGCGCGAGGCAGAAGAGUGGGCCGACCUCCAGGCCACAGCGGGGGCCCUCGGCGGGAGCAUGCAGAGGGCCGGCGGCGAGGAGGGUGCCGGCAACGAGGAGGGCCCGCCCUCGAGGCCAAGGCCCAGGUGCAGUCGGGGUUGA